AUGGACUACUACUUCUGCUCCGCAGAGGACCUCCGCAACGAGAUUUCGCGGCGAGGCUACUUCCCCGUCGGCGGCCAAGACGAACUAAGCGAAGAGCUCAAGAAGGACGACGAGUCUCGCGGCACCGACGCGACCACCCUCAAGACCGUCGAUUGCGCCCAGUUCGGCCCCAAGGCCAAGCUGCGCAUUGCCUGCUCCCCGAGCCUGGUCCAUCCCCACCUGCUCGUGGGCGAACGAAUCACGGCAUGGACCUUGGACACCUUCUUCCCCACCCUCCAGCUCUUUUUCGAAUCGGGCCUGUCGUGCACCUUCGAAGGUGGCUAUCGCCAGUGCGCCAAAAUCGGCCUCGACCAGAACCUGCGCUUCCGGCUCACCGACCUCACCCAUGAAGAGGGCGGCUUCGUCGCCAAAAGCACGCUGCCGCAGAAGAUGAACGGCCCUCCCAAAUCCAUCAAAAUCAUGGAGGCCGUCAUUGCCGAACGCACCAGCAUCGCCGUCCAAUCCGUCGUGUCCACGCCCAGCAGUGGGCGACCUUCGAGCCGACCAUCGAGCCGACCGUCGGCUGAGCUGCAAACCGAACAUCACAUCGUCAUCGGCCUGCGCCUCGAGGGCAUGCAAAAGAUGGGCUAUGUGUGGGCCAAGGUGGACAAUCCCACGCCGAGCACCAACAACAGGAUGUGGCAUGAUGUCAGCAUCGUCGGGCUACGCGACGACGUUCCUGUCCCCUUCAUAGCCUUUCCCCAGAGGGCCUCCAAGAUGGGGAGCAGGGUGAACAUUGUACGCAAAGACAGCAUGAUU